GGGCGGAGCGCAGAGGGGGCACAAGUGCGCAGGCGCCGGGCCCUGUCGCGUCCUCCCGCCCUUCGGGAGGCCGCGCCGGCGGCGAGGGGAAGUAUUCAACAUUAAUUAAAAUGUCUUCCACUAACCCUCCAAAUGGAAGCGAAACACCCAAAGAGAGAAAACCGGGACUGAGAAGAGUUCAAACAACUAUGCUCUUCCGAGCUGUGAACCCAGAGCUUUUCAUUAAACCUAACAAGCCUGUGAUGGCAUUUGGGCUCGUAGCAAUUACCCUCUGUGUGGCCUACCUUGGUUAUUUGCAUGCAACAAUAGAGAAUAAAAAGGACCUCUAUGAAGCAAUCGACAGUGAGGGGUCCAGGUAUAUGAGGAGGAAAACUUCCAAGUGGGACUGAGAACGUAAGGAAGGAAAUCAGCAAAUCAGUCACAGAACUUUGCCAGGCAACUGCUAUUUUUUUUUCUCUGUCCAUAGAAAUAAUGGAUAAAUGUUUCUCUUGGUGUUUAAUCCAAUUCAAGUUCCUUUGUAAAAUGCCAUGCCUGUACAAAUAAAUUGCAAUUAAGAGAUGUGUGAACAUAAAAGUGAUUUUAAGAAUUGUCUGUGAACGCCACAAUCUGUCAGAAGACAUGAAAUUGCUUCGGACAUGCAGUCAAGACUGGUAAAUGCUUUAGAAAUGCACAUGACAGUUCAUCUCACUUCUCUCUUUGCUUCAAGUAAGUGAAAACAGGUUUGUCUUAUUUUUUAAACAGAAGUAUAAUGCAUUGUGUGUGAAAAGAAAAAGUUGAUCUCUUGAUCUGUUGAUAGUUAACAGUGUAAGUAAAAUAAUUUUAAGGCAAGAAAAAUCUGAUAAAGGAGUCAUUGGAGGAUUGUAUUUAAUAAAGGAAUUUGUAAAAUGCUG